AUGAAGUUUCCAACGCCUGAUAGGGUGGCCGAGGUGCUGGGAGACCCGGAGGUAGCACGAGCCUGCUAUAUCGCAACCCUCAAGGGUAAGGAGAAGCUAGUGGCGCAGACAGUCCUUCUGGAGCCCUGGGAGCCUAUUGAGAAGGAGGAGAGGUUGGAGACGGACGAGAGUCUGGUUGAAGUGCCCAUUUGCCUAGAGCGACCUGAUCGAGUGGUCAGGGUCGGAUCGGGCCUAAACGAGCCAGCGCGGAGAGCUCUGGAGUCCCUUCUGGAGGAGUACGAAGAGAUCUUUGCUUGGAGUGCAGACGAUAUGCCCGGUGUCCCUCCCGAGCUGGCAGUUCAUAAGUUGCACGUGGAUCCAAACGCUCGACCAGUAAAGCAAAAGAAAAGGAAUUUCGCGCCUGAACGGAAUGAGGUCGUCAAGGAGGAGGUCGGCAAGCUGUUGGAGGCCAAAAUUGUGAAAGAGAUCUACUACCCGACCUGGCUAGCCAACCCAGUGCUGGUGAAAAAGGAGGACAGGGCGUGGCGGAUGUGCGUAGACUUCACCGACCUGAAUAAAGCCUGUCCCAAGGACUGUUACCCCCUCCCUCGCAUCGAUCAGCUGGUCGAUUCAACUAUUGGCUGCGAGAUUUUCUGCUUUCUGGACGCCUUCAAAGAAUAUCACCAGAUAGCCCUGGACGAGGAGGAUAAAGAGAAGACUGCCUUCAUCACCGAGUACGGUACGUACUGCUAUACCACCAUGCCAUUCGGAUUGAAGAACGCCGGCGCGACCUAUCAACGGCUGGUUAACAAGUUAUUCAAAAACCAGAUCGGCCGCAACAUGGAGGUAUACGUUGAUGACAUGCUGGUGAAAAGACGAACUCAGGAGCAGUUCGUCAACGACCUCAGAGAGAUCUUUGACGUCCUACGGAGCUCGCGCAUGCGGCUGAACCCUAAGAAGUGCACUUUCGGGGUUAGGUCGGGCAAGUUCUUGGGGUACAUGAUAUCCAAGGACGGGGUAAGAGCUAAUCCCGACAAGGUAAAAGCUAUCAUGGACAUGGCUCCUCCCCGAAACAUAAAAGAGGUCCAACGGCUAGCUGGCAGGAUGGCGGCCCUGAGCAGGUUCUUGUCAAAAUCUGCAGUUCGGGGUUCCCCCUUCUUCAGGGCCCUGCGAAGAGGUCCCCAGUUUGAGUGGACCCCCAAGUGCCAGCGAGCAUUCGACGAGCUAAAAGCCCACAUCGUUCGGUUGCCAGCCUUGACCUCUCCCGCACACGGAGAGAUCUUAUUUAUCUAUCUAGCAGUAGGGGAGGAGGCAAUCAGUGCGGUGCUAGUUCGGGAAGAAGGCAAGAUCCAGAAGCCCGUAUACUAUGUCAGCCGAGCCCUGCAGGGCGCGGAGCCAAGGUACGCCUCGAUUGAGCGGUAUGUUUUGGCAUUAGUUCACACGGCUCGGAAGCUUAGGUCGUAUUUUCAAGCCCACCCCGUGGUGGUUAUGACCGACCAGCCGCUCAAACAAAUUCUUUCCAAGCCUGAUGCGUCAGGGAGAAUGGUGAGGUGGGCUGUGGAGCUGUCUGAGUACGACCUCAGCUACCAACCUCGCACGGCCAUUAAGGCCCAAGCCUUGGCGGAUUUUAUAGCCGAAGGGGUCUCCUUCGGGCCACGGGAAUCACAGGUCGAACGGACCAGAGACACAGCUAAGGCCAAGCAGGUCGGAGAAGCUGUCGAGGUCGCGCAAACCUCCAAGGCCCAAGACGCAGCCGAGGCCAGUCAGGCCGGAAAAGCUGCCCAGGUCGAGCAAGCCACCAAGACUUCCGAGGCCAAGCAGACCAUAGAUGCAGUCGAGGCCGAGCAGGCCGAAGGACCUGCCAAGGUCGGACAGGCCACAAGGGAAUCCCAGGCCAAACGGAUCGGAGACGCAGCGGAGGCUGAACAGGCCAAAGAGGCUGUCGAGAUUGAACAGGCCACUGGCAAGGUCGAUCAGACCAUUCCGACUUGGACACUGUUCGUAGAUGGGUCAUCGAGCCAGGAAGGAUGCGGAGCGGGACUUCUCUUGACUAGCCCCAUGGGGGAUGAGUUGGCCUACGCCCUGAGGUUUGAUUUCAGGGCCUCCAACAACGAGUCCGAGUACGAGGCCCUGGUCGCGGGGAUGGUGAUAGCUCGAAAGCUGGGGGCCGAAUCAAUAGAAGUCUACAGCGACUUGCAGCUGAUAGUAAAUCAGGUAGGGGGAAGUUAUGAAGUCAAAGAGGAGCCACUAAGAAGGUACGUCGCAAAAGUGCAUGAGCUGAGAGCUCAGUUCAAACUGUUCACGCUCGAGCAGGUCCCGCGAAGCCAGAAUAAGAGGGCAGACGCACUGUCCAAGCUCGCCUCCACCUCAGUGGGCACAUUGAACAAAGAGGUCUUGGUGGAGGUCGUCAGGAAUCGGGCAUAUGAUCAGGUAGACGCGGCCGUUAUUCAAGUAGUGAGCUCCUGGAUGGAUCCCCUCAUGCGAUACCUGGCCAAUGGAGAGCUCCCCUCAAGUCGGGUGGAGGCACGACGGAUCCUUCUUAAAUCGCGGGGAUACGAGCUCUCGAAUGGGGUGCUUUACAAGAAAUCCUAUCUGCGUCCAUGGUUGAGGUGCGUGACUCCGGGGGAAGGAGAGUAUAUCUUGCGUGAGCUGCAUGAAGGUAUCUGCGGGAACUACGUCGGACCAAGAGUUUUGGCCAAAAAAGGAAUGUUGUCUGGGUAUUACUGGCCCACUAUCUUCUUGGACUCUGCCGAACUAGUAGCUCGGUGCAAAUCCUGCCAACUGCACGCUCCGAUCCACCACGCCCCAACUCAGGAAAUGGCGCCUCUUCAGAGCCCUUGGCCUUUCUUCCAGUGGGGGAUAGACUUGAUGGGUCCGUUCCCCCGAGCUCCUGGGGGCUAUGAGCACGUGGUGGUGGCUGUGGACUACUUCACCAAGUGGGUGGAGGCCGAGCUCCUUACCACCAUCAGCAGCAGGUCGGUUCAGAAAUUUCUCUGGAGAAACAUUGUUUGUCGAUUUGGUAUACCUCGGGUCCUAGUCUCAGACAAUGGACGACAGUUCGCGGACAAUUCUCUCCAAGGUUGGUGCACGGAGCUCGGAAUCCGGCAGCACUUCACCUCGGUAGGUCAUCCCCAAGCCAAUGGGCAGGUCGAAAACGUUAACAGGACUAUCCUGCAUGGUUUGAAGACGCGGAUGGAGUCCGCUCGAGCUGGGUGGCUGGACGAGCUGCCCACCAUACUAUGGGCCUACCGAACCACUCCCCGAACUGCCACUCAGGAGACCCCUUUCGUUCUGACCUAUGGAGCAGAGGCUGUGAUCCCUGCAGAGAUAGGCUGUGAUCCCUGCAGAACUUCAUAG